AUGAAUCAAUCUGAGAAACACGAUAUUACCUCCCGGCAUAGAUCUUUCAAGGGCUGUUGGACCUGUAAGAAAAAGCGGGUUCAGUGUGAUGAAAUCCGCCCUGCAUGCACAAAAUGCACUUCACGGGGAUUAGUCUGCGGAGGAUACGAGAUCCGCCUAAGGUGGGGUGCUGGAAUCGCAUCGAGAGGGAAGUACUCGGGCGCCGCGAAACCUGUCAAAGAAUCGAUACCCGCUCAGUCAAGGCGGAGGUGGGAUAUGCGAGGCAAGGGUGAAAAAUCCCCUGGAGGUGAUGGCCAAGGUCAACCAACAUUGGUCGCUCCACCGUUACAAGAUCGACGCUCACAGGAAUCGAUAGAUCAAUCUCAAUUAGUAGCACAGCGAGCUACGGUCAAUAUACUCAACACGCCAUGGGAGCCAGAUGCCGCUGAGAAGAUCUCCGCAAUCAACAAGCAUUUUGAGAUACCAGCAUCUCUGGCUUCACUACAAGCAACAGCUCACGCGUAUCCCGGGGCAGACGCAACGAACCAAUAUCCUCGCAAAUCAGGUGGACGGAGUAUUCUGGCAUGA